AUGGCAGUACACACAGGUCUCGACUAUAUGCGUUCGCGCACGUUGGUCGACUGUGAUACGAUGGACGACGAAGGUGACUGGUCCUUCUACAUAGUCGAUUAUUACCAUUGUCAGAUAACUGACUAUGUUCUAGUUGCCAAAACCUUCGGCCCUUUUCAAGACUGUACUUCCAAUCAAGCUAUUGCACUCGCCGAGCUUUCUAAGCCAGAGCGGUUUGAUGUCCUUACGGCGUCGCGCGCAGAGGCGUCGAUAUUGCAUCUGAGGCACUCCAUAGAUGAGAAUGAAUUGGCUGUUGAGAUUGCGAUGGUUACGUUGACCCUAGAAAUGGCAAAACAUAUCGGUGGACGUGUCCAUGUACAGGUUAAUCCUUACUCUUCGUACUCGACUGAGAAGAUUGUGGUCAAUGCACUCCGAAUCGUGCAAUUGUUCCAGAAUCUCCAGCCCGGCUUCAAUGCCAAUCGAAUUUGUAUCAAGAUUCCGAGUACAUGGGAAGGAAUGAUGGCCUGCCGCACCCUUGAGUUGGCUGGUGUGCAUACUUUAGCAACCACUCUGUUUAGCAUGACUCAAGCUGUACUUGCUGCUGAGGUCGGCUGUACUUAUAUCGCGCCAUAUGCGAAUGAACUGAAGGUGCAUUUCGAAGCGGGUUACGUGGACAAUGCGAAAUUGCUCCCGCUUUGCGUAGCCAUUCAGAAAUACUAUAAUUCCAUCAAUUCGCGCAUAAAAGUCCUCCCCGCUAGCUUGGCUUCUGUCGAGGAUAUGUUUGCCCUCGCUGGAGCGGAUCACAUCACUAUUUCACCAGGUUUGUUGACACAAUUGACCCAGCCUUAUGCAGAAAAUGUCAAGUCGCUAUUUGAUGUUGCGCCGACACUUCCAAUCCCCGCGCGGGAUGUCUCUUUCAUGAACGAUCCUGGAAGAUACAAGAUCACAUUUGCGCGGGAUCAGGGUGGUGCUAGUCAGAUCAAGUUGACAGACGCUAUAAAUAUCUUCUGUGAUGCCCAGGAUGAGUUGGAGCGGCUUCUAGGGUCAUACCUUUGA